CUCCCCCAUUGACUGCACAUAGUUGCCGAAUACUUCAACUAGCUGCUAAACACUUGACAUAAGAGAACGACGCAUGCAAAAAGACAAGAAAAAGGUUAAGAAUGAAAGUUGUUGUCCUACUAAUGCUGUCAGAAUGAAAGUUGUUGUCCUACUAAUGCUGUCUUUGUGCCUCACACUGUCUGGGGCACAAAGUGAGUGGACCAGUUUAUCUAACAGUCAGCUUGAAAACUGCAACUUCAUCAGUGAGCUGGCUGUGCUGAAGGAAAAACUGAAAACCAUGGAUCAGAAGCUAGGAGCUGUGGAGACCAGGCUACAAGUCGGCGAGAGCCAGGUGGACGAACUGAAAAGUAUGAACAAAGCUCAAGAAGAAGAACUGAAAACAUUAAAGAAGGACAUAGCCGCUGGUCAGCCAAAGGUGGCCUUCACCGCAGCUCUAAGAACGUCUGGUUCUGGUUACAUAGGACCCUUCACCACUCACACACCCUUGCAGUACAAAAGAGUCUUCUCCAACUUCGGCAGUGGAUACAACCCUUCUACAGGGGUCUUCACAGCCAUCGCCAAAGGAGUAUAUUACUUCCGCUACACCAUGUUCUACAAUGGAGACGCCAACGCUGUCGUGAGUUUGAUGAAGAACGAGGAGUUUCUCGUGUCCACAUGGGACCGUGUGUCAGGAAGAAGUGAAGAUUCCGCCAGCAAUGCUGCCAUAGUGCAGCUGGAGGUGGGAGACAAUGUCUUCGCCCGGCUCUCAGCUAACAUGAGAGUCUACGACGAUGGUGGGAACUACAACACCUUCAGUGGGUUUCUACUCUUCACCAACUAAUAUUAACAAGUUUACAGGUCAUUUGGCUGUAAACAACAGAAGGGUUUUCAGAAAUUAUAUCACAACUGUAUGAAAGUAAAAUGAAAGAGUUGCACUCUUUGAACUGAUGUUGUUGACACUGGGCUGGGUGUAUUUGACAAACAUAUUUAUUGUAUCAUUGUGACUGAUUAAAAGGUCAUGGUCUACUGUAGUAGUUGUGAUUGGGGUAAACCCUUUACACUCGUACCCGGGUUGAAAAUGGCAGAUUUAGGCACUGAACCUAAAUUGGAAUGCAGUGGCUGUACAGUAACAUGCUAUACAUGACGUCAGAGCUCAGGGUCUUCACAGGUUUUGACUGACAGUCAUUCUGAUAUUGAACACCGCAUGCGAUAAGAAGCUGCCCCCAUCACUCCCGCUAAGUGAGCAAAUUUUUUAAAAAUAUUCCCCAACCUGUUUGUGAAUAAUCCUAACACAGUUGAGAUUUGAAGUAUAAAUGAGCCAUAUCUCUGAGUGAGCAAGAUUCACCUAGCAACAUAUUAAAGAUUCUAUUAAAUUUGUGA